AUGGAUUGAAAUUGAAUUGGUAAUAAAACUAUUGGAUUUAUGCGAGUUUUCACCCUCUCUCUCACGAGGGUUGCUAACCUAAGGGUGAAUGAAUUGAUCUAAUAGUAAUGCUAGCUUCUGCAUUAGCAAAUCUUCUUCACUGUCUAUAUAUAACUCUUUUUUGUUGCACUAGCAAAUCUUCUUUGCUGUCUAAUGGUAUGCUGCCGUUGCUUUUGGUACGCCUUGUCAACUUUCAGUUUGACUUGUGCCUUUCAACUUGUUACUCAUUUGCAAGCUGCCUGUUGGGUUUAGGAGUAAAGUUCACUGUAGGCAUUUUUUAGCCUUAUGCGCAUAAUCAAAUCUUGUAGAUGCUCCAAGCCACCACGAGCUCGGUCUAUUUUCGUUUUGAUUGGCAGCUACAUGUUGGCUGCUUCUCGUUCUGUUCCUAUGAUGCAAGUUACUUCUGUCCAGGAUAGAAUUUAUAUACUGUAUUAUUGUUGCUCUGGCUUUUGAGUAGCAAAGCUAGCAGAUUCUCAGUGUCAGCUCCUCUCUGUUGCAUUCCACUGAAGCAAACUAAAUGUUACUGUAGGAUAAUAGGUAUUUUCUAUGUAUUGCUUUUAACUGAAGAAUUUUCUCUGAUAUGACUCUGUUGGCACAAUUAACAAUUGUAUGAUUUAGUUUUAUCUAUCAAUCAGACAAUGAUCCUUCAUCAGGUACCGGCAUGUGGCUGGUUGUGCAUUUUGUCACGAAUUUGUAUGUUAGACAUUGAAGUCCCUUUGCAUGUUUCAAUUAUUGGUCUGGCUUGACAUGCAUUUCUGGAUUAGAUGUAGGAUUUUUGUUUAUGCAUUUGGUACUUUCGAGGAAUGUGGUUGUUCACGCUUGCAGUAAUUGAUCCUUGUUACCUUGAUUUUGUGAGUAUGAAUCUUUUCUCAGAACUAUUUUCUAUGUGUAUUAGCAGAUGUACCAAAAUGCGUAAAUACCUGCAUUCAAAGAACGCUCAAGAACUGUCAGGUCUUUUUGUAUCAAAUUCACUUGAUUAUUAUGGUGUAUCAUAUUACGAAAUAUCACCAUUCGGUCAUAUUGGUGAAGAAAAGAAUGCUUGGAGUCAUGAUUUCGUUUUUACUUAAAUAAAAAUUUGACUAACAGGUGAUAUUUUUACAAUGAGAGCGUCUCAAGUGCCACACAGGCAAUUGCUGAUGAGCCUUGUGCGGCUUGUGCCUGAUGGCCUCAUCCCUCAAAACGCCUUUCAUCACUGAUCUGCUGUCUGUGUCUAGGUUUAAUUAAUAUGAAUGUGAAUAACUUUGUAGUUCUAGUAUGCCUGAGGCUUUACUCUUGGCAUAUAUGUGACUUGCAGUUAGAUGUGGAUUACAGCUCUGCAUUGUAGACAAAUCAUAUACGAAGUACUUCGUAUUUGAUGAAUAAUGUCAAUAUUGAUUAUAUUCUUUCUACGAACCUUUUACUUGACUUCCUUUUCUCCUCCCCCCUUCCCGUGGCAGAAGAUGUUAAGGCCCUUUGGGAUGUUGAUAGAUUUUUGCUUGUAUGAUUUGUCCUUCAUAUUUGAAUAUUGCGACAUGUUUAACAUCCACAUCCAGUUAGGACAUGACUGUUAAUUGUGAUUCCUGUGGACCUCAGGGAUUGUAUGUUUAAGCAUCAUCUGUACUGUAUUGAACCAUUGAAUGAAGGGUGAUCAUGUUAUGGUGGGUGGUGAUAUUUUAUGUUUCUUACCUAUAUUAUAUUUUCCUAUGCAUUUGUUCUUGCUAAAAUGCUCGCAGCAAGUGAUAUGACUGCUAUCUGAAGAAGCAAGUAUCAUGCUGCCACUCCAGUACACAAGUAUAAAUGGCGGUCUGCAAGUUCAAAUCUGCUGCCAAUAUUGAAGAACAGCCGCACUUGGCUAUUGCCUAUUGCCUAUUGGUGGUGUGAACAAUAGUACGUGUCCAAGACUCGAAGUCCAACACGAUGAGUCAAGUGUCCUAUACUCAUGCUCGAGUGUAAGGUAUGUUAUACAAGUGUGAUUUACUAUACGGUAUUAACAGUUUGAUUGAGGAAGUCUAGCUUAUGAUAAAAACGAGUCCAUUAUACUGUAGUUUGGGAAAUGAAAGAAAAUAUAUUUUAGAACUCGUUUAUCCUACCCCUUUAAAAAGCAAGAACUCUCUUCUUAACUCUCCUUAAGAAUAGUGGAUUUACGUCCACGUCCUUAAAUUCCUUCAUUAUUUACGUCCCUGCCAUUACCAGCUGUCAGUUUUUCAUUAACAAAUGAUCCAGGUGUCCCCCUUCCCUGUCUUCGUCCUCCUGCGUCCUUCUACUUCCCCCCUCUGCAAUGGCGUUCUUCACCUUUCUCGGCUUUUCCUCUCCAUCUUCCAUUGUCUUCAUACAGCUCCUCUAUCUUCUCUUUCCUUCGCCUAUUUCCUGCCUAUUUCCUAUCAAUACUCUGAAUUAACAGCAAACCCUAAAUCCCUAAUUUUGGGAUUUCAAUGAACCAGAAGAAUCACAAAAUUCCAAGCAAUGCCUUAAGGUGUCCACCCCUCUUUCUUUUGCUUCGGGCGGCUGAUUUCCUUUCCUCGACAUGCCGUAGGUGCCUCCACCCUCCUCUUCAUCGCGGUGGCCCCUCCGCCAUCUUCUCUCCUACCUUUCUUCUUCGAUCUGCUGGUAAAUGCGAGUAUCCAACUUCAUUUUAAUCCGAUCUGCAGCUCUCCAUCGCCGUCUCUGGCAAGGUCUUCAAAUAACACCUUCAAGGAUUCCAAUGCAAAGCACAGAUUCAGAAAAUUAGUUGCCUAUGGAAUCCUCCAAGGUGUUAUUGGAAAUCUUGUUGAAAGAUGCGACAAUGGUGUUAUUCGUUGAGAAAUAGGUAAUAUUCCAGUUUAAUUUGUUAAGCAUCUAAUUGCAAAAUUUGCUUUGUGGGGUUAAUUUUGCGAGCAAUUUUGAGGUGAAUCUUGUUUAAUUAAUUUAGGAAAAUUUGUAAAUAAUAAUCCCACCUUUGGCCGGUUUUCUUUAAUUAAUCCCACCUAAGCGAUAUUUUUUAAUAAUCCCACAUUUAAGCCCUAACUACUUUAAUUAGACCUAACAGGUAAUAAACCUGAUUUAGCCGGUGAAGCGUCCCACGUGGCAUUAUAACCGUUGUAACUUUAAUUUUUUUUUUCCCCCUUUUUAUUUCUUUAUAUCUUCAUUCUUUCUCUUUCUUCCUCAUUUUCUCUGCGACAUUUUCUUCAUCUUCUCCUCUGCGAAAAUUCUUCUUCUCCUCCACCAUUCUUGCUCCCUCACACCUCGUCGUUCAAUUCAAUUACUAUGGCUGGUUCAAAGCAAGUACCUGUCGGAUCGUCUUCAUCAAAUUCAAGGGGAGGAAUGGUACCACCAUUGUUGUGUGAAUGUGGGAAUUACUCUGUUGUGCGUACAGUUAAGCGAGGUCCAAAUGUAGGAAUGAAGUUUCAUGGCUGCCCUUUAUGGCCGGAUACGAAGUGCGAAUUUUUCAGGUGGAUUCUUCCUGAUAACAAUGAACUUGACCACCUUCAACUUAAGAUUUUUGAAGCUAAUACGACCAUAGCUGAGAUGGAGUAUGACAAGAAGUUGAUGGAGGAAAAGAUCAAAAAAUUGCAGACUAAAAAGGAUAAUAUGGAGGAAGAUGUUCAAGAAAUGAAGAACGAGCUUUGCCAAAUGCGUAUUGAAUUGAUGAAGAGUUCAAAGAACGAAAGGAAUUGUACCAUGGCUCUGUAUUUCUCAUGGGUGUUUUUUGCCCUUCUUGUUUUUUGGUUGAAGUAGUUAACAAUAGUUUGUUAACAGUUAGUUUGUAAGUUGUUUCCAUGGUGGCAAUAAAAUGAUCAAGUUUGUUGAGUUCAA